AUGGUUGUAUCAAGUGCAGAAAUCGCCCGCUCGCUAGAACAAUCAAACGAGUCACCGUACACUUUCAGUGCCAAACGGACUCAAACGACAUGGAAGACCGAGCUGGAGAGCCUGCAAUGUCACUUCACGUGGAAGCUGAACCUCCAAAGAUCCAAACUUUUCCUCCUCCGAGAUCAACUGGAAGAUAUUGGCGUCGUGGAGGGAUACAAGUGGCUGGGACAUAUUUACAACUUGCAGGGUUACGUACGCUACCGGCUCGGGAGUAGCAAAGACGCCUUGGCUUUCUUCAGCAUGGCUGCGGAGGCAUUGCGUCAGAUGAGAAAUACUGUCUCGGAGGAGGGCCCGUGGCUGGCGGUCAACUACGGGAACUUGGCUUGGCUGCACUACCGCAUGGGAGAAGCGACGCAAUGUCAGACUUACCUGUCCAAGGUUGACAACCUUCGGACUGAAUAUCCUUCACCGUGUCCGGAGGAACUCCACCCCGAGAUCUGCGCUGAAAAAGCCUGGGCUCUGAUGAAAUUUGGCAAAGACAAUACACUUGUGGCGCUGCAAUAUUUUCAGAGGGCCAUCAGGAUGCAGCCUGACAUGAUCGAGUGGCACUCCAGUCACGUGCUAGCGUUAGCGAGCACGUCCAAGCUAUAUCAAAGCGGACUCGACGGGAACGCUUUUGAAAAACUGAAAGUAGCUAAAAAACACGACCCCAAUAACCUGUACCUUGCGACAAUUUACCUGGCCGCUUGUGCCGCUCGAGGAAGAAGAAUUGAAGGGGAAGCGCGGCAAUUGGCCAAGGAGAUUCUGAAAAAGCCCGUCAGCAGCUACAGCGGCAUUAAACCGUUACUCAAAGUGUUCAGGGUGUAUUUAUCAAUGGACGAAGCUCUCGACUUGGCAGAAGAAGCUCUGGAAAGACAUCCGGGAGAACGCUAUCUUAAGAGGUGUGCUGCAAUCUGCUACAAAAAGAAGGUUUUCUCACACAGGGACAUUUUGCCGGAACCAGCGCUGGUCGACAGGGCCGUCGGUCUCUAUCGAGAAGUGAUUCUUCUCUACCGUCAAUCUUCGCUCAAGAGAAAAUUAACUCUGGCAAAUCUAUAUGUAAAAUCGACUCACGAGCAAGCUAAAGCCGCUGAGAUAUUUGAGGAACUCCUUCUCCAUCAGGGUGAGCAGGAACCCGGAGACAGACAGAUGCUUUAUAACUACUAUGCAAAAUAUUUACAGUCCGCCCAGAGGGAGAGAUACAAGUCAAUAGAAUAUUACAUGAGGGCAGCAGCUAUACAACAUCCAUCUGUCUAUCGCGUAAACAGCAUUCAAAUCCUGGAGAAAAUCAGGGAAAGAGAAAGAAACAAAAUGUGCCGAGAAAUAGAAGAGUUUCUAAACAACCUGCAGGGCUGAGAAAAGAAUAGCGUGCGUAUCCUCACUGGAAGUAUGCACGUAGUUUUGGGAGUUAUUCUGUCAUUCGUAGACAGAUAUGUUUUUGAACGUUUCAUUUUCUUUGAAUGAACGUCAUGAAAUAGAAGGAAAAGUUCAACAGCAGAUUAUGAUUUGCAGAACGUGGCCACUGGGGGGCGAUAUUUAACAAACUCCGUACACGCACUGAUUGAGUCACGUUUUCGCACGGGGUGCACCCGACAUCGGGCAACCAAGCA